GCGCUCCUCCGGAGAGUUCUGCUCUAGGUAACAGCUCCGGGACUCGCCGACAUGAACCUUCUCCUGUCUUCCCUCCUCCUCGGAUGCCUCGCCACGGCGCUGGCUGCUCCUGCUGAUGUCAAGGUGAGAUGGUGCCUGAAGUCUGAGGCAGAGAAGAAAAAGUGUGACGACCUGGUGGCGAAAGCGCCGCAGUUCAGCUGUGUGCUGAGAGAAGGGUCCGAGGCCUGUAUCAAAGCCAUCAAGGCAGGAGAAGCAGAUGCCAUCACCCUGGAUGGAGGUGACAUCUACAAGGCAGGACUCGCCAACUAUGACCUUCACCCCAUCAUCGCCGAAGACUACGGCAAAGACUCUGACACCUGCUACUACGCUGUUGCCGUGGCAAUGAAGGGAACUGGCUUUGGGCUGAAGGACCUGAGAGGGAAGAAGACCUGCCACACAGGUCUGGGGAAAUCCGCUGGGUGGAACAUCCCCAUCGGCACACUGCUGUCGCAGGGGCAGAUCGUCUGGGGCGGCGUUGAUGAUGAAGCAAUUGAGAAGGCUGUGUCAGAGUUCUUCAUGGCGAGCUGCGUUCCCGGGGCAACUGGGUAUCCCAAGCUGUGUCAGCUGUGCAAGGGCGAUUGCUCCCGCUCACACAAGGAGCCCUACUAUGAUUACGCUGGCGCCUUCCAGUGCCUGAAGGAUGGAGCUGGGGAGGUGGCCUUUGUGAAGCACCUAACUGUACCAGCCUCAGAAAAGGCGGGAUACGAGCUGCUCUGUAAGGACGGCUCCAGGAGGAGCAUCGAUGAAUACGCUGAAUGCCACUUGGCCAGAGUGCCGGCCCACGCCGUUGUUAGCCGCAAGGACCCCGAGCUGGCCACCCGCAUCUGGGAGAGCCUUGAGCUCGUCAAGGACUUCAAUCUUUUCUCCUCUGAGGGCUACCCAGCUCAGAAUCUGAUUUUCAAAGACUCUGCCAAAAAACUGGUCCAGCUGCCCAAGUCAACAGACUCCUUCCUCUACCUGGGUGCAGAAUAUAUGAGCACCAUCCGUGCACUGAAGAAAGACGUUAUCAGUGACCCUGUGUCAAAGGCGGUGACAUGGUGCGCUGUGGGACAUGCUGAGACCGCCAAGUGUGACCAGUGGAGUGUCAACAGCGAUGAGGGUGACGGCAGACCCAAGAUCGAGUGUGCGCAGGGGGCCUCCGUGGACGAGUGCAUCAAAAAGAUCAUGCGUAAAGAGGCAGAUGCCAUGGCGAUGGAUGGUGGGGAGGUAUACUCUGCUGGGAAGUGCGGUCUGGUUCCGGUCAUGGUGGAGCAGUAUGAAGCAGAGAAAUGUAGCACACCAGGAGAGACAGCAUCGUCCUACUACGCGGUGGCGGUAGUGAGGAAAGGUUCAGGCCUGACCUGGAGCGGGCUGAAGGGAAAGAAGUCCUGCCACACCGGACUGGGCCGCACCGCCGGCUGGAACGUCCCCAUGGGCCUGAUCCACAACAGCACCGGGGAGUGCGACUUCUCCAAGUUCUUCAGUGCAAGCUGUGCCCCUGGUGCCGAAAAGGACUCCCCCCUCUGUGCUCUGUGUGCUGGCAGCGGCAAGCCCGUGGGGGAUGACGACAAGUGUAAAGCAAGUGCCGAAGAGAAGUACUACGGCUACGCCGGGGCAUUCAGGUGUCUGGUGGAGGGUGGUGGCGAUGUUGCCUUCGUGAAACACACCAUCGUACUGGAGAACUCAGAUGGACAAGGUGCUCCCUGGGCGAAGGACUUGAAAUCCGACGACUUUGAGCUGCUGUGCCCCAGUGGGCCCACCGCCACUGCCCCUGUCAGGUCCCACCUGGGCUGCCACCUGGCCAAAGUGCCCGCCCACGCUGUGAUGACACGACCCGAGAUCAAGAGCACAGUAGUGUCGGUCCUGCAGGACCAACAGUCCAAGUUUGGAGCCUCCAGCUCAGGCAGCUUCAAGAUGUUCCAGUCGGAUGGAGGAAAGAACCUCCUCUUCAAGGACUCCACCAAGUGCCUGCAGAAAGUUCCGGAUGGUUCAUCUUUCAAGGCGUUCCUGGGGCCUGAGUAUUAUGCCUCUAUGACCUCCCUCAGGCAGUGUGCUAGCAGUGUGUCAGAUCUGGAGCAGGCCUGCACCUUCCAUUCCUGCCAGCAAAAGGUGUAGAGGAAUUCUCUGGAACCCCCCCCCCCCUCCCCCCCGUCCUCCUCUGCCUCUCAGCCAACCACUAACACCCUCUACCAAGAGUGCAGGAGGGGCAGGGAUCUCUUUACUUUGCUGAACUUCCAGUUUGUUACAAAAAUGUACAAAAGAAAAAAACGCUUUCCUAAUAAAAAAGAUUUUCCACCCCACAGAUGGUGAUCCUGAUGUUCAUAUAUCU